AUGGACGCUGAUCGACGACUCGCAAAAGCUCUAGAGUCGGCAGCUGAUGCACUACAACACUUGUCCAUAUCGCCAGACUACGGUUGUCUUGAUUGCACACACAUCGACAGGCUACUCAGCCGAGUUAUAGACCUUCCCACAGAAGGCAAUCAGAGAAACAGUCGUAGAAACUUACUGGUCAUUCGCCGGUGGAUGGUGACUGAAGGGCCUAGUGUCGUGUUACUAGAAAUUCUCGGACAGUUAUAUUGGCGAUUGGGAGAGCUCAACAGCAAACAACUUGAAAGGUUCAAAAACUCCCUCCGGCAGCAACAAUCCUACUUAUCCAUGGUACAUAACACGAAUGCAACAACCUUGGUUCUUCAGCGCAUCAAACAUAUCCAAAAAUCGAAAGCCGAUGCAUGUCAUGACUUCCUUUGUGAGCUCUCGGGCUCCACAGAGGCGCGAGUCGAGCCUCAUGCAGUCGACGCUGAGGAACUACAAACCAACUCCAGCAGUCCUUUUACCUCUUCCUCAGUCAGAUCAGGUUGUAGCACUUCCUCACAAGACUCUAACCCUACAGGCCUAAUAAAAUCUUGGCCCUCGGGUCUCCAUCUUCAUCACCCAGAAAACCUGGAGCAGAUUCUAAUCGACUUCUACGUCAAUGCGAUAUGUCCCGGUCGGACAGUUGCGGCGCAGUCAAACGUGUACGUGACUUUGCUGCAGAAAUUGAACACAUGCUUGAGCAUUCGCUUUGCCAUCCUGAGCCUAGCCGCUGUUUACAUUCGCGAUUUCCGUCCUGGCGAGUAUGAUUUGUACCACCAAGCCGAGCUGUAUUACUCUUCCCGAGCCAUAAGCGCACUCGCGGCGCAAAUUCGCACUAGGGAGGACUAUGAGGGAGCUCUUGCUACCAGCAUGUUACUGAUGCAUCAGGGGGCUCUCAAUCAAGAGGACUCGCCGCUAUGCUGGUCGUGCCAUGCCAACAUAUUCGAUGCCAUUCCCUCUGGACUGUUUGAUCAGCAUUCGGACACAGCGAUGUUCAUCCGCACUCAAAUCAUUCUAGCUCGUUCAGCACAGACUUCCUCUCAACUACAAGCAGCCUCCCUCCAUUCCUUUGAAAGGUCAAACUGGCUUGUAGAUGUGGUACCGAAAGAGUCGCAAAGAAUAUGUGGAAUACUCGGAGUAUCCCCUGAGCUUGUAUUCCUUAUUUCGUCGAUCAACGCCAUUGCGACCAGCACCAGUACCCCCGAGAGUUUCUCGCGAGCUCAAAGAAUAGAGUCGAAGCUGAAGGAGUUGGAGCAAUGGACUCUGGAACAUCAAGGCCCACGGGAGGAAAUAUUGCUUGCUACAGCUGAGUGCUUCCGCCUCGCAACCUUGCUAUACCUCCAAUGCCGUAUUUACGGGCGAGUCAGCCAAUAUUGCCAAGUAGCGCUCCGACUAAUUUCGUUCAGGUAUACUCGAUUCCAUCCCUCCAUUCUCCGGCUCUCAGAUGCUCUACAAUCACUGCUUUUGUCCCUUCCAGUCAAAGGUAGCCUCUACACCGCAAUCUACCCCAUUUGGCCGCUGUUCAUUGCGACUGUCACCACAAACUCAGACCGACGGGAUCGUCUCUAUCAACGAGUCGUACCUAUCCGUGAGGGAGACAAGGGCACAUUAUCACCAGUGCUGAAACGUGUGAGCGGUCUGCGUGUCUGGCUGGCAAAACAGGAAGCAUCAUGUCAGAUGCGGGAAGACUGGUGGAGUGAACUACUGCACGCUAACAGCAGUACGGUUGUGCUAGGAUCGAACAUGCUCUGCCUGGGGUAG